UCGACAGGCGGAAGUGUGUACCUGUAGUAACAGUCGGUAACUGGUCGGUAACAGUGUAACAGUGGUGGUAAACACAGAAGAGGUAACGGUGUAGAAUUUGCGUUCAUGGAGAGAGAAUUAGACAACGUUGAAGGCGUUGCUUGCGUAUGAUUUAUAAGUAUUGUUCGUUUCUAUUUAGCGAUUUCGUGAUUAAAGACUGAGACAUGUCUUACAAAAGGGACGGUGACGAUCUUAGCUUGCUACGGAGGCUGAAGGCUCCUUCCUUGAGGGUUGGAUGGGCGUUCUUGCUUCAGCUUUAAGGGUGGCCCUGGAACUUGUCCCUGCAAGGCUGUCCAUGGUUUCCAGGGAUCCUUCCAGUCACACCACCAUAGCUGUAUCACACUGAGCUGCUGCUGCGUUGCUGUUGCCCUUCAUAUGAGCAUCAUCGAGUGUGUGAGCUGCUCUCCAAUCACAUACCAGAUGAUGAAGCUAUGUUACUGAAGAAUGGAAGGUUGACAUGCAUGAUAUGUAGUCAUCGACCCAUCUUCGACACACUCAGUAUGCUUGCCAUUCAUCGCAAGGGCAAGAAGCAUAUCAGCGAGCUCAGCAAGUUCUUGGUCCACAAGAGGGAGGCAGACACUAGGAAACUGAAGGCUGAACAUAGGAGAUACCUCCACUCAGGACUGGCAGUUAAAUCAAUGAGUCAUGCACCUUUGCCUGGACAGGUGCAAGGAAACAAGCUGUUUGUCACACAGGUCACUCACAGUGGCGGUAGCAAGCUCAAAUUUGGACUGCAGCAGCGGAAAAUGAUACUGGACAUUCAGAAUGUAUCGAAGGAAGCGGAACUUUCUGGAGUAGUAACAAAGAAUGCUGUGCUUCCUUCUGCAUCAGCACAAGUCCGUCAAUAUCUGAAGGGGCUUUGGAAGAAAAAGCCUCUUGAAAAAACUGUGGAGAAACAUCGAGAAAAUUAUGGUGAAGGUUGGACAAAGCCCCUGAGCAUUGCACAUAAUAAUAGUGUGACAGACUGUGCAGAAUCGAAGGUGGAAAACCCAGCAGCAGCAGCCAGAUCAUGGAGUGACGAAGACAUUGCUAAGAAGAAGAAGGCAGACCAUGACCUGAAAUUAAGAAUGAAUGGCUGGAUCAAGAAUGCGGAUGGAAUGUGGGUGCAGGACCCAGAUGUGGAGUUUGACAGUGAUGAACAUGAAGCGACCAUAUCGCCUGACUGAUGAUAACCAUGUUCUCAAAAGAACUUUGCCUCAGAAAUAAUGUGUCUGGUAUUUUCAAUGAGCUCUUUUUAAGAAUAACAUUUUUCAUAAGGAAGUUUCAAAACUUUCCAAUUAAGAACUGUUGACACAGCUGUCAUCUUGAUUUUAUUUCAGCAUAUAUGACUUUUAGUGGGUGUGAUGCUAAUGUAUCGAGUGACAAUGAAUUGAAGAACAGUGACAGCCAUUUUCUGUAACUGCACUCUGAUGUGAGUAUGUAACAUUGAAGAAAUGAUAGCAAGAGAAAAGGAAUUAUUCCAGAAGUAGGGAGAAGGGAAAAGAAUAUGGAGGAAAUAAUAGGAGUACAUUAUUCUUUGUAUAUAUAUCUCAGAUAUUUUUGGUGUUUUAUUUUCUUCUAACAGCACCAUUGAAGUUCCCUUAACCCUAGGUAGCCCUUUAUGUUGAGCCAGUUGCAUUGAUUUCCAAGAAUAUAAGCUACUUACCACUCAAGAACCUUGAUAGUAUUCAAAUCAAUUAGUUUGAGUGUAAAGAAAAUUAUGUUUAACACCCAUAUGUAUAUACUGACAAGUAUGCCAUAUGAGGUUGCCAGGUAAUAGUUGGUGCCUGAUGGUGGGAAAUGUAUAAUGUCACAUGUCAGCAGUGACUUAGAUGCAGGUUUGGAUUGGUGAAUAGGUUUAUUGACCACUUACAGGUCAUAACUACAAAUAAUUACUACACUAUUGCUGAUUUCUACACUGCAGAUCACUCAACACUGAGUCUUCUCAGUUUAUUUCCACUAGUCUUUACUUAGUAACAGCUCUCCACAGUAGCUAUUUCUCUGCCAUGUCUUCACCACACAUCUGGUAAUGAAUCUUAGCAAUGGAGAUUAUUCUGCUUCCAUUGCCCACUGGUUAACGCUCCACCGAUGAACCCUCAACUGACUCCUGUAGCAUCAGUUUUCUUCAAGAUAACUCCUUGAGAUUGACCUCGUAGAAAAAACAGCCUCUAUUGUUAUAGAGGCAUAUUUACCUCAUCAUUGCAAACAGUCAUGGUGCAGACCACAAAGAAAACGCCAUUCUGCACUGGGUGAAUGUUGGAGACAUUACCUAGCUACAGCCAAUGUUUACAGAGUCACUGCUUAGCAGUGGGUCUAUAUGUCACAGUAAGGUAGAUGGAACAAGUACCACCACCAGUUCAAAUAACUUUUCUUAGCUGCAGAACAGUUUGCCACAAAUGUCCAAAUAUUGAGAUUUCAAAAGCUACAACUAGAGAGAUAUGUGGACAUGCAGUUUUUUUUAAUUUGAACUUCACUGUAUGGUUUUCAGUAUUGAGUAUCUAUUCAGUUUUAAUGUGUAAAACGUUAGAUGGUGAACUACGAGUAUACUACGUACAGUGCACUCCCAACAGUGUAAGGAUGAGCUUGAUGACCAAGUAUUAUAGGGGACUUUCCUAGACAGCCUGACUGUUAAAAUUACGCAGAAAAUUUCCAGAAAAUCAUCCGUUUAUGUGUUUCCCUUUUUAGUCAUACCAAAGAUUCUAUGUACAAGAAGACUUUGCAAACCCUGCCUUUGCAUAUUUUCCCUUCUACAAGAUCAUUGGAAGAAUCCAGUUGCACUCUUUUACUUGAAUUGCUGCAGACAACACUGUUGCAACAAAUGUGCUUGCUCAAAAAGUCCAAACCCUGCUCUCUUCAAAGAGGAGAACCCACUUCAAAAAACAAAUUGUCUAGGAAUAAAAAAAAAAAUUGGUCAUGGGUUCCAACGUGGCCUGAAACAAGAACACUUUAGUGGCAAGGGCUAGCAGCAAUUUACUGAUGCUCAAGAUGGUGGCUAGUAGUUGGUUGCGGCUUGCAGAAACUCGAGAUUUUGAAGAAUUAAUUACUGAACAGUUUGCUAGCAGUGGCCAUCUCCAUGGAGCUUCUCUGACUUUUAGAUGUCAUGUCUUAUAUAUGUUUAUCGUAACAGCUGACUUCUGAUUCCACACUCUUAGUGGGAAUACACCGACAACAGGGUGAUCUUAUAAGCCUCCUUUUAUUUUAUUAAAAUAAGUAAGGUAAAAAUGAAGGCAGAUGAAAUCUCUGAAAGAAUAAAAUUAAUGAGGACAACAGAACGAACAGAAAGGAGUUUAUCAGGGGUUUUGAAUUUAUGAAUAUAUGGUUUUGUAUUCAGGAAUGUAAUGAGUUGUUUGAAGAAAGACUUUUUUAACUA